AUGGGUGAAACCGACGAUCGUGAAAGUCAGAGUGGAUCAGCGCCACCUGCUUCUCUAAUGAAGAGACACGAGAGGAUAUUUCGUCUUGAUUUUGAGCAAAUCAAGAAGGAUGUCCUGAAGCUCACAUUGGGAACAGGAAACGUCGUAGUUGUAGAAGUUAGACUGCAGGAAUUACGACAACUCAAGAAAGAUUACUUCAAGGUCAGAAAUGACAUUUUUGAUAUCUUUUCAGAAGAAGAGGUGGAGGAUGAGUGUCAGAACAUAAGCAUGUUUUACUGGGAAGUUAGGCCUGUUGAUGAUAAAGCGACGAGCUACAUAAAAGAAGUUGAAGCAGAAGUUUCACGGUCAAGUUCCUCAUCCGAUCAGAGUGUACAGCACUUAACAAGCAGAAGCAGGAAUGCAGGGGCAAUGAAGCUGCCAAAAUUGGAUUUGCCUACGUUUAAUGGAGAUAUACUGCUAUUUACAGCGUUUUGGGAGUGGUUCACUUGUGCAGUGCAUGCAAAUGAGGGAUUAUCUGGUGUACAGAAGUUUGCUUAUUUGAGAUCAUCCUUAAAGGGAGCUGCUCCAAAAUCUAUAGAGGGAUUUGAAGUGACAGAAGUCAACUAUCAACAUGCAGUAAAGGUACUCUGUCAAAGAUUUGGUCUCAAACGUCAGAUCGUCUCAUCACUGGUGAAGUCCAUUGUCACAGCAACCUGUAAGGAUUCUGAGAAAGCUACGUCACUGCGCUAA